AUGAAAUCUUUAUCUAUAGCCGCUUCGGCUGGACUCGGAACUUUAACUUUUCUGCUGCUUCUUGCGAUCAUGGGGAUUGUAAUCUUGAGACGAUAUUUGAAGACGUUAAAUGGUCCUAAAAUAGAACGACAGUUUGGGGCUUACAUAACGACAAAAGAGCCGCCAGAGUUUACUAUCCCGCCAUAUACGUUGAUCUCUGAAGGAACUGGAAGCGAGGGGACCGCAACACCGUGCAGCGAGGUCGGAGAAAUCGAAAACGACGAACCUACGGCAAAGUUUUCGCCGCUGGCAGUUAGACGAUCCUUAUCGAUGCCUAUUCCUUCGACCCCUCUGGGGCAGAGACAUGGGUUUGUUAUAGCCCGCAAUAAAGAAAGCGCCGAAUCUGGUACGGUCGAAGAAGGUAUUGCUACGAAGGAGUAUCGACCUCAGUUUCGACGCGCUGUGUCGCAGUACGUGAUGCUACCGAAGCGAGAGCCGCUGAAGAAAGCAUCCGUGGCACCAUACGGAAAACUGGAAGUUUCCAUACAGUUCAUGACGGAGAAAAAUCUUCUGUUUGUUCAGGUUUGCUUCCAUUAUUAUUUGAAACUUUUGUUUACUUGUACUGUAGCUAAAAAGAGUUUGAUUUCCCUCUCUGUUGGCUGCCUGCAGACAUCUGUUGUUUCCUUUGCUAGUGUCCAAAGUUAGUCACUUGAAAAAUUAUGUUCUUGGCUUAUUAAUGUGAUUCAUUUUUCUUGCCAUAAUUAUUGUUAUUAUUUUUAUGAUUUCAGUCACGAGUUUAUUUAUCAAUUGUUAUUAUUAUUAUUAUUAUUAUUGUUCACGUCAUAAUUUAAACUGAAAGCAGAAUCAAUUUUACUUAUUUAUCUAGGCUUUUAAAUGGCGUAUCCAUCAUAUAUUGACUAAGACUUUGAACACAAGCGCAUUUCCUGUCGUCGCUUCACCCUUUCGAAAACACCCACCUUUUAAGUACUUUUCGGGUAGAGAAAAGCUGCGACGACCUGAAAAUUGUCUGCGUUCGCAGGCCAGUAUUGAUUGUGUUACUAUUAUUUUUCCCUAUUUUUAAAAAUGCAAUAUAACUCUAAGACUAUCAUGCCAUUUCCUCAUCGUUUGCCGCUCUUUUCUAGGUCAACGGGGCGUUUGAUCUGCCGCAUGUACGUCUGUCAGGGGUCUCUACCCCGUAUGUUCGCGUUCACCUGUUGCCUGGAGAUCGCAAUAAGGAACCCAGGUCGAGUUUCCUGAAUCUUGCAACCAACCGCAUUUGCAUGUUCGAUCAGCUGACAUUGGAAGAAGCACGGAAGUAAGGCUAUGCUGACACUAGACUCGAUAGCUUUUUCGCCGGCCUAAAAAUCAUACCUCAUAGGGCUUCUGUGCCACACUUUGGUGCAAUGUGAACACCUAUUCGGCCGUCGCGGAAGUAAAUAAGUAGGAACCAGAACCGGAAACCACUGAAACGGAAGUAAAUAUUCAGCUCUCGCGGCUUACCGCUCCGGCACGAUAUUCGAUGGGUGUGAAUGACUUGUGUCGGUGUCGGGGGCUGCUGUUCAGAAGAUACCGAAAAGCCUUUUGUCAUAGUGUGACAUACCCUAAGUGGUACAUUAUCCUGCAAAUUAACAUUUUCGUCCCCUAGGAACCCCCUUGACCGGCUUAUUUUUAGAAACAUUUUAGGGCACUUUUUCCCGCGAAAGUGGAAGCUCCUCUCUGACGGGAACAAAUUCGAAUUAUAAUAUGAUAUACGUCAAAAGGGACCGAAAUGUCAUUAGAAGUGCAAAAAUACCAUUUUAACUUUCGUAGGGUUUUGCUGACGGGUUUCUGGGACUAAGAACGUAUUCUAAAUUUGCCAAAACGUUUUUAGAGUAGCCUGUCUACAGCCGCCCGUCCCUUCAAUCGUCCCUCUCCGCGAUUCUGUUCAAGGGGAGGGGGCGGCUUUACACAAGCAAUCUCAGAGCUGGGAUCCUUUUCUGCAGUGCCAUAGAUCGAAGAUCGAGAGAUCUGGCUGGGACCAGGAUAACUGGCAAGCGUAAUAGUUUCCCCUUUUUGUAACUGUUGAAAACCAGUAUGUUUUUAAAUUUUUGAGACAGCGCAAAAAGCUGGAAGUCUAUGAUUUGCGGACUUCCGUCUCCAAAACUCUCGAUCCGUGGACAACCGUUCGUGGCGCUGGUCAAAAGGAUCACUGCUCUGGGAAAGAGAAUGGCACAUUAAAGGGCCUUGGUUCGCAAUCUCACGCGCAAGCGGGGGAAAUCGGACGAGCGCAAGUAAGAGAAAGGCUCCUUAUUCGCCCAAUUGUUUCCUAUUUUGUUCUCCACCCGGUGCAGUUCCUGUUAAUUAUUUAAGCUGUUUAACGGAUGUUUUCUUUUCUUUUAUAGUUGCACUCUGAAGUUCGUUGUUCUUGACUACGACAAAUUUUCUCGAAGUGAAUUCGUCGCCGAGGUGAUGCUGUCACUAUUGGAGAUUGACUUGGUUGAAGGAGCAAAGUUGUCACGCCACUUAAACUCCAAGACUAUUGAUGACGUAAGUACAGUAUACAGUUCGCCUGUCACGAUGUCACGAUCAUUGCCCUUGCAAUGAGUUCUAUUAUAACGUUUUUUAUAAUGUACGGUUCGCUUUGGCUGGUGUGUCAUUUGAUAUAAUUACAUUUUGACCCAGCUCACCAUUGAGCCUCAAUGGUAAAAGAAGGGUCGUAAGUUCGAUUCUCGUGAUGUGGAGUUCCGAAUUCUUCCGAUUUUUCUGAAGCUUGAUUUCCAUUUCUGUGGAAAUGGCGCCGUUAUCGUUUCUGUUAUUGGCUAUUGCUACAACGUUGCGCAGAAAACUGGACCAAUAUUUGUUCCCCAAAACAGUCCCAUAGUGCACCUCGACACAACAUCGAACCAUCGUCUCUAUUGUAGGCUUGAUUACCAGCCGCUGUUCGGGAAAUGAGCCCGCGCUCCGUGGAAAUCGAGCCUAUCUCUAGUGCAACCUCUCCAACUCUUCCUGCGGAUUCAGUUCAUCUUAGCAUAAGAAAAACGCCGACAUUUCGCGACGCCAUCAUUGGUUUACCCGCAAAAUGAAGUUUGAGGAACCUCAGCUGAAAUUCCAUAGUGCAUGAUGACACGUCACUACCCAGAUCUAAACAGUGCUUCUGAUUAGUUGAAAGUUUGAUUCAUCCAGGCAGGAUCAUUGCCCAGAUCUGGAUAGUGACGCGUCAUCAGUAUAGAAUGUUUGCGGCUCGUUCCUCAGACGUCAUUCCUUUGCGAAACCAGAGUUUGCGUGGCGAAAUGUCGGCUACCGGCUAAGCUCAUAUCUAGUUUUCGCUCAUAUAUAGAAAGAACAAUAUAUUUCGUUCUGACAUGCAUGCCCUAAAAUUUGAGAAAUGCAUCGCCUAGCCUCUCCACAAGUUUCGCCAGCUUAAAUUGUCUCCAAGAACAGCGGAGGGACUAAAACGUUAGUGUUAAAAUGGCCUCUACGAAACGUCCAUUUUUACCCUUUUACUGUUCUUGGCUUAAUAUUUUCCACUCUCUUUUUUUUCUUUCAGUCAGAAAACCGAGGCUCCUUGAUGGUUUCUUUGUGCCAACAGCCGUCCACUGGCCACUUGCACGUCAUCAUUCUAAAAGCGACAGGACUUCCACCUCUAAAGGCAGAAGCGCCUGGCGGACUUGGUAACAUACCUUUCUAUUUCCAAACCCCUUUCGCAACUUCUUACCUACCCUGUAAAAAGUACUUGGUCUAUAUUAUUCACUACUGCUAAAUGUCCCAGCCGGUCGAUAUCCUGUCCCCUUCCUAGACCCAUCAGAGAAACCUUCAGGACAAUAAGACUAUUUAAAAAUGUAUUUUUUGCCUAGUAACAUAAUUCAGGAUUAGUAUAGCCUGUUCCAAGCUCUAAGCUCCCCGCUGGGGAGCUGGGGAGAGACGUUCUCUUUUCCCGCCGUUUUUCGCUCGUUUGAUUUUCCAUUGCUCGCCCGCCUUUUUUGUUCGUCUCCAUUGACAGAGAGCCUGGCACAGGCUAAUUCAGAAUAUAAAUUACAUCCACCACGACUUAAGACCUGGUUACCAAUGUUGAAAAUGGCAUCGCUUGUUUACGAAAGGGGGGUAAGAGAAGUCGCGUUUGAGAGGUUUCAACUUUAAUACUUUGACUGGAAAAGGUAUAUUUGAGAUUUUGAAGAGCUUGUCGCUUAUGAGAGAUAAUCGAACAUGUAAGUUUGACUGUGUUUCAGCUGCAUGCACGAUUUGCAGUAAACAACAAAUGCGUGCCAUUAUUAAUCAAGUCCCCGAUGAGUGAUCUCGCCUCUCGUGGACGUUAAUGACAAUUCGCCGAGGAAAUUGCAGCCGAAAUGUGUCCCCCUAGUGUUUCUGGGAUCGCUACUGGGGACACGACGGUCAGCUAUUGGUCAAUUUUUCCCCCUGUUCUUAGUAACAUUUCCAGAAGUCUUUGCGAAAGGUAACUCGACCCGGUUUCUUUAUCAUUUUUGAAGAGGUAUUUUACUGGCAAGGCAAGUUUUGUUUCCGCAUUUUGAUGCGUUAUGGCACGCUCAUUGCAGGCACCCUUGUAUUUUGUAUUUUUCAGAUACUUUUGUUAGAGUACUCUACUAUGUCCAACGGAAAGUCGUUGAACGCAAAAAGACCAAAGUUGUUAAAAAAUCCACUUCACCAGUCUUCAAUGAAGCCUUUGUCUUUGAUAUGAAGGAUGAAGAACUAACACACUCAAGCAUAAUGUGUGAAGUCUACCGAGGUGAUACAGUGAAGAAAACAAACAGAAUUGGCUACAUUACUCUGGGCCUUGAAUCAUUUGGUUCGGAGCUUAGGCACUGGAAUGAUAUGAUUAUGACCCCUCUCAAAAGGGCUACUGAAACCCAUUUGCUUCAUCCUUAA